AUGACCAUCCAAAUUGUGCCCCUCGGCGCAGGACAGGACGUAGGACGCAGCUGCAUCCUCGUUACUAUCGGUGGCAAGAAUAUUAUGCUCGACUGUGGCAUGCACAUGGGCUUUAAUGAUGAACGUCGAUUCCCAGACUUUUCUUACAUCUCUAAGACUGGCGAUUUCACUGAAAUGCUCGACUGUGUAAUCAUUUCCCAUUUCCAUCUUGACCACUGCGGUGCUCUACCCUUUUUUACAGAGAUGUGCGGAUAUGAUGGCAACAUUUACAUGACACAUCCAACCAAAGCUAUCUGUCCUAUUUUACUUGAGGACUAUCGCAAGAUCACUGUCGACCGCAAGGGUGAACGUAACUUCUUUACCAGUCAGGAUAUCAAAAAUUGCAUGAAAAAGGUUAUUGCCGUCAAUCUGCAUCAGACCAUCAUGGUUGAUGAUGACUUGGAAAUUUGUGCCUACUAUGCCGGACAUGUUCUUGGUGCUGCCAUGUUUUAUAUCCGUGUAGGUGAAGAAUCCUUAGUCUAUACAGGCGACUACAAUAUGACACCGGAUCGGCACUUGGGGAGUGCUUGGAUUGACAAAGUGCGACCCGACGUCUUGAUCACGGAAUCAACUUAUGCCACCACUAUUCGCGACUCGAAGCGAUCAAGAGAGAGAGACUUUUUGAAAAAAGUUCAUGACUGCGUUGCUGAUGGGGGCAAUGUUAUCAUCCCUGUCUUUGCACUGGGUCGUGCACAAGAGCUUUGUAUCUUGAUUGAAACAUAUUGGGAGCGUAUGGACCUCAAAGUCCCGAUCUACUUCUCUGCAGGACUCACGGAAAAGGCAAACCACUUUUAUCGACUUUUUAUCAACUGGACCAAUGAAAAGAUCAAGAGUACGUUUGUGCACCGCAACAUGUUUGAUUUCAAGCAUAUCAAGGCUUGGGAUAGGUCCUACAUGGAUUCACCAGGUCCUAUGGUUGUCUUCGCCACUCCAGGAAUGCUGCACAGCGGAACAUCACUUGAGCUUUUCAAGAAAUGGGCCCCUGAUCCCAAGAAUAUGGUCAUCAUGCCUGGUUAUUGUGUCGCAGGGACAGUUGGAUCCAAGGUCUUGGCUGGCGAAAAAAAGAUUCAAAUUGAUGCUUUUAAUUCUGUAGAUGUCAAUUUACAGGUCAAGAAUCUAUCAUUCAGUGCACACGCAGAUGCAAAGGGCAUUAUGCAGUUGAUUCGGCAAUGCGAGGCCAAGAAUGUAGUCUUGGUUCACGGUGAAAAGAGCUCCAUGGGAUUCUUAAAAUCUAGGAUCAUGACUGAAUUUGGCAUCCCUUGCUUUGACCCUGCCAACGGCCAAACUAUCAGCAUUGAGACUAGUCAUGUUAUUCCUAUCGAAAUGUCAGCUAGCCUACUG